UUAUCUCCGCUCGUCAAUCCCGCCUCGCCAGCGUGUGCGGCCAGUGAGCCCCACCGUCGCAUCUUAAGGUCCCACCAACGCCACGUGCGCUGCACGUGUGCCAGAUGCAGCUUGGCACAAGCAAGACUGAGCGGUGGGAUUCGCUGUUGUCUCAGCAAGUGGCUCAAUGAAGACUGCAGCAGCAGGCCUGCACCCCACGGCCAUGCUGUAUGCUGUGCCCGCGCGGCAGCAGGCACAUGUGUGGGUGGUGGGGGGCGUGCUGGCGGGGGUGGUGUAUCUGCACUGCCACGCCAUGCACCGCCCCCUCCUCGCCCUCACUGCCGACGUGCUCCUUGUCCUCACCACCGCCGCCGCCCUGCUCGCCCUCCUCUCACGCGCCCUCAACCUCCC